AUGGUCCUGGCCCCGUGGGUCCUCAGUCUGCUGGGCUCAGCCUGCUUGGUGUCGGCCAACAUCUUUGAAUACCAGGUGGACGCCCAGCCUCUACGUCCCUGCGAGCUGCAGAGGGAGAGGGCGUUUCUGGAGCGAGCAGACUAUGUUCCUCAGUGCGCAGAAGACGGCAGCUACCAGACAGUCCAGUGCGAGGAUGACGGUGGCUCCUGCUGGUGCGUGGGCGCCGAGGGCAAGGAGGUGCCUGGAAGCAGGCAGCCCGGGCGGCCGGUGGCCUGUCCCAGGAGCUGCGAGAUAAGAAACCGCCGUCUCCUCCACGGGGUGGGAGACAGGUCACCCCCUCAGUGCUCUCCGGAUGGGCACUUCCUGCCGGUCCAAUGCAAGUUUGUCAACACCACAGACAUGAUGAUUUUCGACCUGGUUCAUAGCUACAACAGGUUUCCAGAUGCAUUCGUGACCUUCAGUGCCUUCCGGAACAAGUUCCCUGAAGUGUCUGGGUAUUGUCACUGUGCUGACAGUCAAGGGCGGGAACUGGCUGAGACAGGUCUGGAGCUGUUGCUUGACGAAAUUUAUGACACCAUCUUUGCUGGCCUGGACCUCGCUUCCACCUUCACUGAAACCACCCUGUACCGGAUAUUGCAGAGACGGUUCCUAGCGGUUCAGCUCCUCAUCUCUGGCCGGUUCCGAUGCCCCACAAAAUGCGAAAUGGAGCGGUUCACAGCGACCAGCUUUGGUCACCCCUACGUUCCCAGCUGCCGCCGGAGCGGGGACUACGAGGCGGUGCAGUGCCAGCGGGCAGGGCCGUGCUGGUGUGUGGACGCCCAAGGAAAGGAGAUCCAUGGAACUCGGCGGCAAGGGGAGCGGCCAUCGUGCGCUGAAGACCAAUCCUGCGCCUCUGAGAGGAGGCAGGCCCUGUCUAGACUACACUUUGGGCCCUCAGGCUAUUUCAGCCAGCACGGCUUGUUCUUGGCUCCCGAGGGAAGACGGGUCUCCCAGAAAGUAGCCAGAUUUGCCACAUCCUGCCCGCCCUUGGUGAAGGAGCUCUUUGUGGACUCUGGGAUUCUCCACCCGAUGGGAGAAGGGCAGGGUAAACAGUUUUCUGCCUCAGAAACUCUCCUCAGAGAAGCCAUUGGAGCGAUUUUUCCCUCCCGAGAGCUGGCUCGUCUUGCCCUUCAGUUUACCAUGGACCCAAAGCGACUCCAGCAAAACCUCUUUGGAGGGAAAUUUUUGGUGAAUGUUGGCCAGUUCAACUUGUCUGGAGCCCUUGGCACAAAAGGCACAUUUAACUUCAGUCAAUUUUUCCGGCAGUUUGGUCUCCCGGGCUUCCAGAACGGAGGGACCGACCUAGCUGCCAAGGCUUUCUCCUUGGGACUGGAUUCAAAUCCUGCCGCAGACCCCCCCGAAGCCUCUGUGAAGGGAGCUGCUAGGAACAGGCCGAUGGUGGGCAGCUUUGGCUUUGAGAUCAACUUACAAGAGAACCAGAACGCCCUGGCAUUCCUUGCGUCUCUCCUGGAGCUUCCAGAAUUCCCUCUCUUCUUGCAGCAUGCCAUUUCUGUGCCCGAAGACAUAGCGAAGGACUUAGGUGACGUGAUGGAAAUGGUGCUCAGCUCCCAGGGCUGCGGGCAGACGCCGGGCAGCCUUUUCGUCCCACUGUGCUCGGCGGAAGGAGACUACGAGGACGUGCAGUGCUUUGCCGGGGAGUGCUGGUGUGUGGAUUCCCGGGGCAAAGAACUUUCUGGCUCCAGGGUUAGAGGCGGACGCCCCCGGUGUCCCACAGAGUGUGAGAAGCAGAGGGCCCGCAUGCAAACCCUCGAGGGCAGCCAGCCCGCGGGGUCCAGGCUGUUGGUCCCUUCUUGCACCAGCGAGGGGCAUUUCCUCCCCGUCCAGUGCUUCGGCUCUGAGUGUUACUGCGUUGACCGUGAGGGUCAGCCUAUUCCUGGAACUCGAAGCGUACUUGGAGAACCCAAGCAAUGCCCCACCGCCUGUCAGUUACAGGCCGAGCAGGCCUUUCUGCGCACAGUGCGAGCUCUGGGCUCUGACUCCAGCCUGCUGCCCACCUUCGCCAGCAUCUACAUCCCGCAGUGCGGCACCGGUGGGCAGUGGAGGCCCGUGCAAUGCGACGGGCCCCCAGAGCAGGCCUUCGAGUGGUACGAACGAUGGGCAGCUCAGAACAACGGUGGCCGGGAGCUGACCCCUGCCGAGCUGCUCAUGAAGAUCAUGAGCUAUAAAGAAGCAGCUUCCAGAAGCUUUCGUCUCUUUAUUCAGAGUCUGUAUGAGGCCGGCCAACAGGGCAUCUUCCCAGGGCUGGAGAGAUACCCUUCUUUCCCAGACGUCCCACUAGCAGUGAUGGAAGGGAACCUGACCCAGCCUGGAGGGAACGUCCUCCUGGAGCCCUCCGUCUUUUGGCAGAUCCUGAAUGGCCAGCUCAGCUGGUACCCAGGGCCCUACUCAGACUUCAGCACUCCUCUGGCACACCUUGACCUUCGGAGCUGCUGGUGUGUGAAUGAGGCUGGUCAAGAACUGGAAAGCACCCGGACAGAGCCAAGCAAGGUCCCAGCAUGUCCUGGCUCUUGUGAGGAGGUGAAGUUUCGUGUCCUGCAGUUCAUUAAGGAAACAGAAGACAUUGUCUUGGCUUCCAACAGUUCCUGGUUCCCUCUGGGGGAGAGUUUCCUAGCAGCCAAAGGAAUCCUGCUGACUGAUGAGGAGCUCUCCCUUCCUCAGCUCUCUCCCUCCCGGGCCACCUUCUCAGAGAAGUUUCUGAGCGGGGGCGAUUACGCCAUUCGUCUGGCAGCUCAGUCCACCCUUGACUUCUAUCAAAGACGCGCCUUUCUCCGGGGAGAUGAUUCCACGCGAGCAUCCGCCCUUCUGCGGCCCGGCCCUUACGUGCCCCAGUGCGACGCGUGGGGACGUUGGGAGCCUGUGCAAUGCCACGCCAGGACUGGGUACUGCUGGUGUGUGGACAGGAGGGGAGAGUACGUCCCUGCCUCGCUGACUGCCCGCUCCUCCCAGAUCCCCCCGUGCCCCACCGCCUGUGAGGCAUCUCGAACCAGUGGGCUGCUUUCCAGUUGGAAACAGGCUGGGUCCCAGGGAAACCCAUCUCCAAGAGACCUGUUCAUCCCAACCUGCCUAGAGACAGGAGAGUUUGCCAGGCUGCAGGAGUCGGAGACCGGCGCCUGGUGUGUGGACCCAGCCUCGGGAGCGGGCCUGCCUCUGGCCACCAACAGCAGCGCCCCGUGCCCGAGCCUCUGUGACGUGCUCCCGAGUGGAGUCCUCCCCAGGAGAGCCAGCUCGAGCUCUACCCCAGCCUGUGGGGAAGAGGAUGGACGCUCUUCCCCCGUGCGCUGCGACCCGGCCCAGGGCAGCUGCUGGUGUGUCCUCGCCACCGGAGAAGAGGUGCCUGGGACCCGCGAGGCUGGGCGCCAGCCAGCCUGUGAAAGCCCCCAGUGCCCGCUACCGUUCAACACGUCGGAUGUGGCCGGUGGAGCGAUCCUGUGUGAGCGAGCCGCGGGCCCCGGGGGAUCCGCCAUCCAGCGGUGCCAGCUGCGAUGCCUCCGGGGCUACUGGAGUGCGUUCCCGCCAGGGCCCCUGCUAUGUGGCCUCGAGGAGGGACGCUGGGUGUCACAGCCGCCCCAGCCCCACGCCUGCCAGCGGCCCCAGCUGUGGCAGACCGUCCAGACCCGAGCGCGGGUCCUGCUCCGGCUCCCGCCAGGCAAGAUGUGCAGCGCCGACUACGCGGGCUUGCUGCCGGCUUUCCGGGUCUUCAUAUCAGACGAGCUCGUGGCCCGGGGCUUCUGCCAGAUCCAGGCAAAGACUUUUGGGAGCCCCGUUUCCAUUCCUGUCUGCGAUGGUUCCACGGUGCAGGUGGAAUGUGUGAGUGGCGAGCGUUUAGGAGUGAAUGUCACAUGGAAAUUGCGGCUCCAGGACGUUCCCCCAGCCUCUCUUCCUGAUGUGCGUGACAUCGAGGAGGCCUUAGUCGGCAAGGAUCUCAUCGGACGCUUCGCGGAUCUGAUCCAAAGUGGAGAGUUCCAGCUUUAUCUGGAUUCCAAGACAUUCCCAGCAGACCCCUCCAUCUACUUCCUCCAGGGAGACAGCUUCGGCACCUCUCCCAGGACGUGGUUUGGGUGCCUGGAAGGAUUCCACCAAGUCUUGGCCACCGGCAGUGCCCCUCGGGACCCACCGGGGUGCGUCAAGUGUCCUGAGGGAAGUUACUUUCAGGAGGAGAUCUGCAUCCCCUGUCCCGUCGGAUUCUACCAAGAACAGGCAGGCAGCGUGGCCUGUGUCCCAUGUCCCAGGGGCAGGACGACCGUUUCUGCUGGAGCUUUCAGCCACACUCACUGUGUCACUGACUGUCAGAAGAGUGAGGCGGGCUUGCAGUGCGACCAGGACGGCCAGUACCGAGCCAGCCAGAGGGACAGGGGCAGCGGGAAGGCCUUCUGCGUGGACAGCGAGGGACGGAGGCUGCUGUGGUCGGAAACGGAGGCCCCACUCUCGGAAUCCCAGUGUCUGAUGAUGCAGAAAUUUGAGAAGGCUCCAGACUCUAAGGUGACCUUCCGUGCGGAUGUCACUGUGGCGGGCAGGUCCAGAGUCCCUGGUUCUGGGUCUCCACUGACACAAUGCUUGACAGACUGUGCGCUGGAUGAAGCCUGCAGCCUCCUUGCAGUGUCCACAGCGGGAUCAGAAGUCUUGUGUGAUUUCUAUGCUUGGACAAAUAACCACAUGGCCUGCACAGCGUCUGCUCAGCAUCAAGACACCCUGGGGAACUCAGAGGCCACCGGCUUCGGGAGUCUUAGGUGCCAGGUGACAGUGAGGAACGGGACUCCGGACUCUCCGGCUGUGUAUUUGAAAAAGGGCCAAGAAUUCACCACAACAAGCCGGAAGAGCUUCAAGCCAACGGGCUUCCAAAACGCGCUCUCUGGAACGUACGGGGCCGUCGUGUUCUCAGCCUCCGGAGCCGAUCUGACCGGGGCUCAUCUCUUCUGUCUUCUGGCGUGCGACCGUGAUUCGUGCUGUGAUGGCUUCAUCCUUGCGCAGGUCCAAGGAGGCCCCCUCAUCUGCGGGUUGCUGAGCUCCCCCGACGUCCUGCUUUGCAAUGUCAAAGACUGGAGGGACCCCACGGAAGCCCGGGCUAAUGCCACGUGUCCGGGUGUGACAUACGGCCAGGGGAGCCGCCCGGCGACACUGCGGCUGGGAGGCCAGGAGUUCGAGAUUCCGGCAGCCCUGGAAGGAACUCAGGAUGCCGUUACCAGCUUCCAGCAGGUUUAUCUCUGGAAAGAUUCUGACAUGGGGUCUCGGUCUGAGUCUAUGGGAUGCAGAAAAGACACGGAACCAGGGCCAACGUCUCCAACAGAACCAGAUUUGACAACAGAACUUUUCUUCCCCGUGGACCUUAACCAGGUGGUUGUCAAUGGAAGCCUACCCCUGCCCAACCAGCAGCACUGGCUUUUCAAACACCUGUUUUCCCCUCAGCAGGCAAACCUGUGGUGCCUGUCUCGCUGUAUCCAGGAGCCCUCUUUCUGUCAGCUGGCGGAGAUAACAGACAGUACACCCUUGUACUUCACCUGCACCCUCUACCCAGAGGCCCAAGUGUGUGACGAUGUCAUGGAGCCCAAUCCCAAAGGCUGCAGACUAUUCCUGCCCCACCAGCCAAAGACCCUGUUCCGGAAGAAAGUUAUACUGCGAGAUAAAGUGAAGAACUUUUAUACUCGCCUGCCGUUCCAAAAACUGACGGGGAUUUCCAUUAGAAACAAAGUGCCCAUGUCUGAAAAAUCCAUUUCCAAUGGCUUCUUCGAAUGUGAACGGCUGUGCGAUGCAGACCCGUGCUGUACUGGCUUUGGCUUUCUAAACGUGUCCCAGCUAAAAGGAGGAGAGGUGGUGUGCUUGACUCUGAACAGCCUGGGACUUCAGACGUGCAGUGAGGAAAAUGCAGGAACCUGGCGCAUUUUGGACUGUGGCUCCCCUGACACUGAGGUCCGCACCUAUCCCUUUGGAUGGUACCAGAAACCUGUCGCUCUGGGCUCCUGGCAGUCCCUGGCCCUCUCCGCAGCAGUUGUCGACCCGUCCAUCAGGAACUUUGAUGUUGCCCACGUUAGCACUGCCGCCACCAGGGACUUCUCUGAUGCCAGAGACUUCUGUCUGUUGGAAUGUUCCCGUCACCAGGCCUGCCUCGUCACCACUCUGCAGACCCGACCUGGUGCUGUGAGGUGUGUAUUCUAUGCUGAUACUCAGAUCUGCACACAUAGCCUGCAGGCCCAGAACUGCCGGCUUCUGCUCCGUGAAGAGGCCACCCACAUUUACCGGAAGCUGAGCAACCCUCUGCUCAGCUCUGGGACACCUGCACCUUCUGUGACCAUCACCCCCCACGGCCAGCUGCUGGGCAGGUCCCGGGCCGUCCAGGUGGGCACGUCAUGGAAGCAGGUGGAUCAGUUCCUGGGAGUUCCGUAUGCCUCCCCGCCCCUGGCCGAGAGCCGCUUCCGGGCACCGGAGCCCUUGAACUGGACAGGGUCCUGGGAUGCCACCCAGCCACGCCCGCUAGCAGCCCCCAACGCGUCCGUGCUGGUGCUUUUCCACAACACCGUGGAGGGCAGGGGGAGUGAAGGGCAGCUGGCCAUCGACGGCUCCUUCCUGGCCGCCAUUGGCAACCUCAUCGUCGUCACUGCCGGCUCCCGAGUGGGUGUCUUCGGCUUCCUGAGUUCUGGUUCUGGAGAGGUGAGUGGCAACUGGGGGCUGCUGGACCAGCUGGCGGCUCUGACCUGGGUGCAGACCCACAUCGCAGUGUUUGGUGGGGACCCUCGACGCGUGACCCUGGCGGCAGACCGUGGUGGAGCCGAUGUGGCUGGCAUCCACCUUCUAACCACCAGGGCCUCAGACUCCAGACUCUUCCGGAGGGCUGUGCUGAUGGGUGGCUCCGCGUUCUCCCCAGCUGCUGUCAUCAGCCAGGAGAGGGCUCGGCAGCAGGCAGCUGCUUUGGCAGAGGAGGUCGGCUGCCCCCCCUCGUCCAUCCAAGACAUGGUGUCCUGCCUCCGCCAGAAGCCUGCGAGCGUCCUUAAUGACGCCCAGACCAAGCUCCUGGCCGUGAGUGGCCCUUUCCACUACUGGGGUCCUGUGGUUGAUGGCCAGUACCUCCGCGAGGCUCCAGCCAGGGCACUGCAGAGGUCUCCGCGGACAAAGGUCGAUCUGCUAAUUGGGAGUUCUCAAGAUGACGGGCUCAUCAACAGAGCGAAAGCCGUGAAGCAAUUUGAGGAAAGUCAAGGCCGGACCAGUAGCAAAACAGCCUUUUACCAGGCGCUGCAGAAUUCGCUGGGCGGUGAGGACGCGGACGCCGGGGUCUGGGCGGCUGCAACAUGGUACUAUUCCCUAGAGCACUCCACUGAUGACUAUGCCUCCUUCUCCCGAGCCCUGGAGAACGCCACCCGGGACUACUUCAUCACCUGUCCUGUGAUCGACAUGGCCAGGCACUGGGCCCGGAGAGCCCGAGGAAACAUCUUCAUGUACCACGCUCCCAAAAGCUAUGGCCACAGCAGCCUGGAGUUGCUGGCAGAUGUUCAGUAUGCCUUCGGCCUUCCCUUCCACCCUAUCUACGAGGGGCAGUUUACUCUGGAGGAGAAAAGCCUGUCACUGAAAAUCAUGCAAUUCUUGUCCAACUUCAUCCGAUCUGGAAAUCCCAACUACCCACAUGAGUUCUCAAGGAAAGCCCCUGAAUUUGCCACCCCCUGGCCUGACUUUGUCCCACGUGCCGGCGGGGAGACCUACAAGGAGUUCAGUGACCUGCUUCCCAAUCGACAGGGCCUGAAAAGCACUGACUGCUCCUUCUGGUCCAAGUACAUCCAGUCUCUGAAGGCCACAGCAGACGAAGCCAAGCAGGGUCCAUCAGCAGAGAGUGACGCGGAGGACCCGCCGACAGGAGAGCCAGGCUCCAAGAGCUACAGCAAGUAG